UCAAGCCCCGAUAAAAAGACGCGUCUCUUGAACUUGUGGGUCAUUCGCAAAUUGAGAUUUACGCGAUCAAGACGAUGCUCCGCCUUGGGUUGUUGCCCUUUUUGGUGGUCGCCGCCGUCCUGGCCAACGACCCCAAGCAAAUCGACCAACCUACCAAGAAUGACAAAAUGACGGAGUUUCAAAAAGGACUCAUGACAAGUGUUGAAGCAACAAAUGAAAACCUCAAACGAUUGGCAAAACUCUUUUACGAACAGAUGGUGGAGAUAAAAAAACUGGCGGAGGAACAGGAGAAAAAUUUCAACGCAACUAACCAGAGACUGGACGAAAUGGUGCAACUCUCAGACGAUCGACACAGACAGGGGACGGAGGAAAUAAGAAAUCAAGCCAAUGAGACGGACCGGAAGUUAAAUGAUUUGGAUAGGCUCGUUAAGCGGAAUCUGGAAAACUUAAAUCGAAAGGUGGACAACAGUGCAGCACUUGCUGAGCGUCACUAUCAGCUCUUUGAAAGCAGAUAUCCCACCUACUGCAAGAGGGCUCGAUCAAACUCAUUGACUGAGCUGUCGAACGGGAAAAAGUACUUGUUUUUAACAACGGGGGGAAAUUGGUCUCAGGUCAGGGAUAGAUGCGCCGAGAAAGGUCUCCAAAUGAUAACCCUGAAAAACCUGAACGACCUCAACUUGGUUUGGCAGAAGGCCAAGGAAUUGAUCGGUGAUAAAUACUUGUGGGUGUCAGUCAGGAACUUCGGGAACAGCGAUCAAGCUGACUACCGUUGGCAAGAUGGCUUCAAGUUGGAGCUAAACAGCGAUUUGUGGACAAACGGUGCUAACAAGACUCUUGGGUGCGUCGAAAUGAGGACUGGUUCCAAUAAUGGCAAACUGAGCGGCGAGACGUGCAAUUAUAGUGGAAGCAAAUCAGUCUGCGAGUUACCAAGUGAAUGCUACUGACGUUUUCCAUCGUGGCAUUAAGAAAUUUGUCCAUAAUAAAUUGAAGGAAACAUUUCUGCAAAAAGGCUAGAAACAAUAUUGCUUU